GCUGAACCUUCCACCCACCAUCCUUACGUGUUUGAAUUGGUAGUCUCACUCCCUGCUAGUUUAUAUUACUCCAGUCCUAGCUGAGUUUUCUUGACCAAAAAUGGCUGGAUCAUUCGUCCUGAACACAGGCGCAGGGAUCCCAUCGGUUGGCCUUGGGACAUGGCAGAUAAAACCUGAGGUUGUCGGCGACACCAUCUACGCCGCUGUCAAGGCUGGAUAUCGGCAUAUUGAUUGUGCUCCAGCAUACAGCAAUGAGAAAGAGGUCGGCUUGGCUUUGAAGAAAUUAUUUGAGGAUGGUGUGGUUAAGCGUGAAGAAUUGUUUAUCACCUCUAAGCUAUGGUCCGGUAAUCAUGCACCGGAAGAUGUGCCAGAGGCAAUUGACACUACUCUGAAAGAUUUGCAGCUUGACUACCUAGAUUUGUUCCUCAUCCAUGGUCCAAUCCGUAUCAAGAAAGGAACCACGCACAGCCCUGAAAAUUUGAUCCCAACUGACAUCCCUGCUACAUGGGGAGCGAUGGAGAAGCUAUACGAUUCUGGCAAAGCUCGAGCAAUCGGUGUGAGUAACUUUACUUGCAAGAAGAUGGAGGACUUGCUCGCCUUUGCACGCGUGCCUCCAGCAGUCAACCAGGUUGAGUGCCACCUGAUCUGGCAGCAAGACAAGCUCCGUGAACUAUGCCAGUCAAGGGGUGUUCAUCUUUCUGCACAUUCACCAUUAGGUGAGGCUAGUGUCCUUAGCAACACUAUUGUCGUGGCUGUUGCCGAGAAGCUGCAGAAAACGCCUGCGCAGGUCGCGUUACGCUGGGGUCUUCAGAUGGGUCAGAGUGUACUACCAAGAAGCGGCAACGAAGGAAGGAUCAAGGAGAACUUUGACAUAUUUGAUUGGUCCAUUCCUGAAGAUCUGAUGGCAAAAUUCUCCGACAUCAAACAGGUAAGGUUGGUGAAGGCGGAGUUUGCAGUUCACCCUCUGAGCGGUUACAAAACAUUGGAGGACUUUUGGGAUGGCGAAAUCUGAAGCAUGUGAACUUCUCCGGAGCGAACAAACCGAAUGAGCCAGCCAAAGACACUCCAUGCUUACUAAAUAAAGUCGAUUGUCAUGGAGAUAAUUUUCCUUUAUUUCUUGAACACCUGAUAAUGUAGGGUUCAGAUAAACCCCCCCGAAAAGAACCGCUCUGAAGUUCACCUGGAGUGUAUGUACCAAGUACUACUAUAUAUGAUGUGCGCCUUUAGUUUCUCA